AUUGAAUAGCUGUUAUCAAUAAACAUCGGAUCGAAAUAGCCAGUCGCAAGCUCAACAAUUCACCAACCGCUAGCUUUUUGCCCCCAUUCUCGCCAUCGGACGGAAUAGGCACCCCAUCGGAAUCCACCCUACUAUUGUCCACCGCCCACCCCAGUCCUAUUCAGAGCUAUUCGUUGCAGCACUUAUUGGACCACAUUAUAUCUAGCCGUUUUGCCCCCACCAACAAUCUGCUAUGUCUAAGCGUAAAAAGGACUUUCUCACGGAUUUCGACCCUAACAAAUCCGAUCCCGAAGACGAAAACUUUGACCCCAUUGCCGAAAAGCAACGAACCCCGCGAAGUGCAAGGAAGCAAGCAAAUACACGCCGCCCAAAGAACCGAGGCGCUGCUGGCGGCGCGCGCAGGCGGAACAGCCGAUACAAAGGAUCCGACAUCGAAGACGACGAAGAUAUCAGCGACAGCGAACAAGACAUCUCUUUCGGUGAAGAGGAAGACGAGGAAGAAGAAGAAGACUCGGACGCUCCUGUCAACGCUACGGGCAGGCGGAUGCGCCAGGCUGCCGCACGACACCAAUCGUACAGGGAAAGCAGUGAAGACGAAGACGGGAUCCAGUCGUCUGACCAAGACAAAGACGUCGUCCAGGAGCCCGACGAAGAACAUAGAGUGCCUUCGAUAGAGUCUCCUGAACAGAGUCCCAGCAAAAAGAAGUCUCGCAUCGUCGUGCUGAGUGUCAAGAAAGGCGCCAAGCCAAGCUCACAACGACCAAGACGUGCCGCUGCUGCCAAAGAACCAGCAACUAUGGUUCCCCCGACCCGCCGCUCUACGAGAGCCCGCACGGAAGAGACGGACGAGCCAUUGCUCGAGCUGUCCAACUCAGGAAGACAUACCCGCGUCACCCGCGCAUCAACAAGAAGUAAAAGCCCGGAAGCCAUGACCCACGCCACCAGAGCUACCCGUGGUUCCAAGGGUGUUAAGAAACAACAACCUCCACCCAUUCCCGAAGCCUCGCAUGAGGAAGAUGACGACGAAUUCAAGGUCGAGACGGAUAUACCCAAUGUUGACGAUGUGGACGAGCUGGCCGGUCAGGCGAACAUGGUCGAUGCGCCCGCUGACCAUCCGGACGAACACCAAGAGGGAGGAGAUGAAGAGAUGGUCGAGGAAGGAGCUGCUCAACAGGUUAGCGAAGAACAACCUGCACAGACCGAGAGCCAACCAGCAGCGGAAGACGCAGACGGUGACGACGAAGACGAUCGUCCGAUUACUAGGCGGACUCGUGGGGCUAGAGCCGUCACAUCUACCACAGCUGCCUCGACCACGACCACUGUCACAGCAGUUGAACCAGAGGGCGAAGGACUCAGGAGCCGCCUCAGGCGUGGAUCUCGCUUGAAGAAGAGGUCGCUCGCUGAACCUAGUAGUGACUUUGAGCCAGGCGAGGAGUCGGGCGAUAACGAAGGCUACGCCUCGGAGGCUUCAGUUAAAAAGAGUGGACGUAAAGGUUCCAGUGCAGAUGAGUCUGCCGCUACACCCGUUCGCGGACGUUCCACCCGUGCUCGCGCUGCCAAAAGGCCUCGCCGCAACCAAGAUUCUGGCGAUGAGGAAGUUGAGCUGGAUAGGGAGGAGCUUGCCGAAGAACUCGAGGAGCUUCGCGAGAGCUCACGCUCGCGGCCACGAAGAGCUGCCACUCGCCGUCGCCGCUCACCUUCCAUUCAGUACGAGCAGCCCGCAGGCAAGAGACGUCGCACUACCCAGCGUGUUGAUUACACUAUCCCGGCGAUCGACUUGGCCGCUCUCGAGGCCGAGGAAGAUGAAGAGCCUGUGGCAACGCCAGCAAGAGGCCGCAAGAGGAACGGAGGAAAUGCAGGAUGGGACCGUCCUUUGAACACCACCUAUGGUCCUUUCGGUGGCGCUGGAAUUGGCGCUCUGCUUGGAGGCCCUUGGGGCACCGGCGCUACGGGCGGCGUUGAUUCCGACAGCAGCGACGACGAGAUGGUGCAACGAACCGGUCCUGGCCAGAACCCUAUUGGCAUGACACCCACUUCUGCCGCUCCUGCGGUUGGCUUAUUCAAUCCUGCGGCUCAGACCCAUAAUGUGGACGGCCUGGGUGGUAUUGGAGGCGCCACACCUAACGUCGGAAAGGUGAAGAAUCUCAAGGCGUUUGCGGAUGCGGAUCCGCUUGGCGUCGAUACGAGUGUUGACUUCAGCAAAGUCGGAGGCUUGCAAGGCCACAUCGACCAACUCAAGGAGAUGGUUCAGCUUCCCCUUUUGUAUCCCGAACUUUUCACCAGAUUUCAUGUUACACCACCACGAGGUGUUCUUUUCCACGGUCCGCCCGGUACCGGUAAAACUCUCCUCGCCAGAGCCUUGGCCAACUCGGUCGGCUCCGGAGGCCGCAAGAUCAGCUUCUACAUGCGCAAAGGAGCUGACGCUCUCAGCAAGUGGGUUGGUGAGGCUGAGAAGCAGCUGCGGUUGCUCUUCGAGGAAGCUCGGAGGACGCAACCCAGUAUCAUCUUCUUCGAUGAGAUCGAUGGUCUUGCCCCUGUGCGAUCUAGCAAGCAGGAGCAGAUCCAUGCAAGCAUUGUCUCUACCCUGCUGGCGUUGAUGGAUGGCAUGGACGGUCGUGGACAAGUGAUUGUCAUCGGUGCCACUAACCGGCCUGACAACAUCGACCCUGCUUUGCGUCGCCCCGGCCGUUUCGACCGAGAAUUCUACUUCCCCCUUCCCGACAUCGAAGGAAGGCGAUCGAUUCUCGAGAUUCACACUAAGGACUGGGGUUUGUCGAACGAGUUCAAAGACCAGUUGGCCGAAUUCACCAAGGGAUAUGGCGGUGCCGAUCUCCGUGCCCUUUGCACCGAGGCGGCUCUGAAUGCCAUUCAGAGAACGUAUCCCCAGAUCUAUACAUCCAAGGAAAAGCUUGUGGUCAAUCCUCAGAAGAUCAACAUUCAGGCGUCAGAUUUCAUGCACUCUAUCAAGAAGAUGGUGCCCUCGUCUGAGCGUUCGGCGUCAUCCAGCGCCAUGACCAUCCCCAAAAUGGUCAAGCCACUUCUGGAGAAGCAAUUUGAGGCUCUCGUCGCGCAGUUGGAUAAGAUUCUGCCUCGAUCAAAGAAGACCACCGCGCUGGAGGAGGCCAUGUUUGAGCCGUAUAAGGAUUUCGAUGGCGGGUUUGAGAGGGAGCAGAUGAGUCAGGACUUCCAGCGGUCGCGUGUCUAUCGCCCUCGCUUGCUCCUCUGUGGAGGGGCGGGCAUGGGACACGGUUACCUGUCAAAGGCUGUUUUGCAUUACUUGGAAGGUGUUCAUGUUCAGGAUUUUGGUCUGCCUGUUCUACUGAAUGAUUCGAGGCCCCCUGAACAAGUCAUCGUGAGCCUCUUUACCGAGGUCAGACGUCACAAGCCCAGUGUAAUCUUUAUUCCCAAUGUGGACGCUUGGUGGACGACCCUUGGCUAUGCAACCCUGACGACAUUCACGACGAUGCUUCGACAGAUAUCGCCGACCGAUCCUGUUCUUGUAUUCGGCACAGCGGAGUCGAUGCCUGAUCUGCUCCCCCCCGAGAUGUUAACCGAACUGUUCGGGUUUUCUAAGAAGAACCGUGCCGCGAUCUGGCGACCGGACCGUGAACAACGUGUCGCCUUCUUUCUCCCUAUCAUCCAGAACCUGUGGAAGGCUCCCGAGGAAUUUCCGGAUCCCUCCAGCCGCAAGAAGCGGGUGCUUGAAAUCUUGCCGGUUGCUCCGCCGCCGCCACCCAGGGUUCCUACCAAGGAGGAGAUCAAAGCUCAGCGCCAGAUUGAUUUCCACCACUUGAACUUACUGAAGGCGAGACUGCAACCGAUUAUGGAUCAGAUUCAGCGCAGGUAUCGCAAGUUCAGACAACCUGUCAUUCCUCUCAACACGAUCAGCUAUCUCUUCCAGGAGUCUGAUCCCAACUUUGUCCGUCCGGAUGUGGGUGAACAGGAGCAGCGGCCUUUUGUCAUUUCCAAGGACGAUAAGGGUGUUGACGGCAUCCUUGAAACCAAGACGGGCAAGUUUUACUACAACCUCGACUCUACUACAAUUGAGGAGCGCUUGGCCAAUGGCUAUUAUGCCCGCCCGAUGGACUUUUACGAAGAUAUUAAGCGUUUAUUCCUCGAUGUCAAGACUAUCGGUGAUAAGGACUAUCUCCCGAAGGCGAGCGAGAUGGUUACAAAUGUUGAAAUUGAUGUCUACGAUAUCAACCUUUCUUUCAAAGCACAAGGCAUCAAUUUUGAGGACAUUUACCAAAGGCAGCUCGAAAGAACGAGGAAGGCCGAAGAGCGUCACCGCAAGAAGGCGGUUUUCCAGCCGAUGGUCGACAAGAUCCAGUCUGACCUUGCCGAGGCCCAAGACGAUAGCGAGUCUCAAGGCCCUGUUGGUAUUGGUUUUCCCAUGAACAAGCCCGCCCACACGACAGCGGCCAGGUUUCAGGUCAUCACGAGCCCCAAGUUGACCGGAAACCCGAACUCUUCUGGAUCGCACCCGCUUACCAAUGGCACAUCGCACCCUUCCAACCAAGGCGAGACCGGGCAGACGGUGGAAGAAGAAAGCACUCUGCUCUUCUCUCAGGGAGUUGAAAUCAGCUCGCCGCUUAGAUAUCGGCAAGCGCAACGACAGCUUCAACAGAACAGAGUCAUCGCAGAGAUAAAUAGAGAAACCAUCGGCACAUUCUCGCAGACAUCAGCACUUACAUCUGUGCCUCCAGGAGUCUCCCAGGCCGCUAUCCAGAAUGAUGCUUCGAGUACCAGGACUUCUGACCCAAGCUCAGGCCGUGGAGAGUGGAACACGCAACAGACGAAUGGCGUGCAGAGCAUCUCUCGGGGAACAUCCCAGUUGCUUGAGAGCCAGGAGACGACUGUUAACCCUCCUGCUGCGGCGUUCCCUGUGGAAACCAACAGUCAGAGCCAAAGCCAGAGCAAUUCUUCUAGUAGCGGCCCGUGGCCUCAUUCACAGAUGGCUGGCAUUGCGCAGGGCAUCCUGCUGCCGGCCGUGCCUGAGGAGGCUGAGGUCCACGAUACUAACGAAGCUUCCGCCGGUGGUCUCCGUUCGUCAUCCUCUAAGGACCAGCCGCAGCAGGGCAGCAGUAAUGAUGACAGUCAAAACAGCAAACCCAGUAAUGAUGACAGUCAAAACAGCAAACCCAGCAAUGACACUCCUGAUAGCCAGCGGAGUCUGUUAGAGGCCAGACGUCUUAGGGACCUUGCGAUUGCGGACUGUAUGGAGAGGGUUCUUCAAGGGCCCGUCCGCCCUGGCAGCACCGGCGGCAAGAAGACGGAUAGCUCUCCGUACAGUAACAACAGCCCGGCCCUUGGCCGGAACAAUGCCCUUCUGCCCUUCGGCCGUCGCGACACUUCGGUCUCAUCUCAGCAGCAGCCUAUCCUUAACGACGGUAAGGUCUGCGAGUUCUGGUCCACGCUCGUGGACCGCACGGCCGGCUGCAACAUUGAGCAGAUGGAGCAGAUCCAUAGAGAGCUGAUGGAUGCCAUCUGGCAGUACCGCCACGAGUGGAAUCGUAUGCGUGUCCUCUCCACGCUCGCCGACGUCUUUGACGAUACAGUUACCGACAUUGAGCUCGUGCAGGGCAUCUUGAUUGAUGCUCAGGGCAGAGAGCAGAGGAAGUAUGAAAGGAAGGAGCUUGAGAAGAGAGAGGCCGAGGCCGCCAAGAGUUCGUCGUCGACUUCUGCUCAGUCGCGGGCCACGACUCAGACUCAAGCUGCUGUUGCCGCUGUCCCCGUCGACGCUGCCGCUUCCUCCACCGGUGUCGUUGCCGGUUCAGUUGCUGCUCCUGGUCCAGCUGCUGUUGCUGCUGCUCGAGGUGUUCCUACUCCUGCUCCCACUGUUGUUUCAGCUUCAGCCCCUAGCGCGGUCUCUGCCAACGUUGCUGUUGUUGCUGGAAAUGGCUCGGAAAGCCAGGGUACGAGCGGUAGCGGUACUGGUAGCACCAAUAACAGCCAGAAGAGCCACAGCAGCCAGAAGAGCAAGAGCAACAAUAGUGGAAAGAGUAGUAGCCAGAAGACGCCUACUAGCAAUAGUACGAGCCAGAAGCGCAACAAGGCGGCAGCGGAGGAUGAGAGGUUGCCUUACAUCUGGUUGAAGUAAGGGCUAGGGCUAACUGAGGACUUGACUAAAAGAGGACUCGCUUAUGGGGAGUGUGUACUGCCUUUCGUACGGGGCGUUUGUGAGAGAGAAUGAGAGAGAGAGAAGAAUGUUUUGUGUGAGAGAGAUGAUACUUGUUAUGAAGCAUGGAAAAAAGAGAAGGCGGAGACAAAGCGAUUAUGUACCAUGUUAGCAUGAGCCUGUGGAUGGAAAACUUUGAGAAAGAAUCGGUUGGAGUGUAAAAGUAGACUGGACUGGAUGGAUUAUUACGC